CCUGGAAAUGACGAGGUUCCGCGUAUCCAGAAGGACCGCUUUGCGUUGCGAAAGCGAACUCGACGCCUGUACGCCACGUUCGCCGUUGGCGACGGGGAAUACAAGCGAUGCGAUCUUGAGGUGGACAUGCACCUUGACUUCACCGCGCGGCCAGCGUCGACUCUUCGGAUACAGCUUUUCGCAGAGCACCGCUUCAAGGCCGAUGAGCGCAUCGCAACCCAGCAAUGCUCGUUGGACACGCUGCUGAAUCAAGAUGGGAUAGUCCAAGCGUUGCCACUCGAAUCGUGCAGCUCAGCGUUGUCGAGCAAAGCUAGCCUAGCCCUGACCGUGACGGCCCGAUGCGAUGGCGAUGUAGACGCGAUAGCGAUGGCAGCUCCUUUAACAGUAUCCGACAAAUGGGCGACUAUGGAGAGAUAUGUUCGACGUGUUGUUAAAAUUGGGACCAUCGCUGCAGAAGUGAACCCCAUCUCAAAGGCAGUACUGGCGCUGCUGCAAAUGGGCGUCGACGUCCUCGGCACGAGAAUCGAGCGCAAUGAGGCCAUUCUUUGCCUCAUUGACGAGACGAGCGCAGCCUGCAAAGUCACACUAGAGCUCGACGAACCAGAGUAUGAAGACCAACGAGCGAAGCAACGAGAGGCUCGCGAAGCGCUCGUACUACAAAUCUAUUGUGCCCUGACCUUGAUUAGCGAAGUAGGUCGAGCGGGAAUUGGCGACCGCACAUCAAGGAGAACAAGCGAGCAAGUCAAGAUACUACGCCAAAAACUACAAUUAUAUACACAGGAGGUACAUCUGAAGGGCCAUCUAGACACGCAGACCGCCGUUUUCCGCGUCGAACGACUGGCCCAGAAUAUCUUUAACAAGGAAGCCCUGGAGCACCUCCCCUACGCACGACACAUCCAGGCGGGUACGUCACGGAGCUGCUUGCCGGGAACUCGGACCACGGUACUGCGUGAAAUCCAAGAGUGGGUCUUCAACCCUGAUGGUCAGCGCGCUCUGUUUCUGCACGGUGUUGCUGGGGCGGGAAAGUCGGCUGUCGCACACUCAGCGGCUUUGCAGCUGAAGAACAUUGGGGUCCUUGCACCGUUCUUCGCCUUCGACAACGCGGAUCGUGAUCGGGCGGCCCAUCAACUCAUUCCUACGUGGGCGUUGCAGCUGGCGUACCACAGCAAGUCCUACCACGACAAUCUAUGCGCAUUAGACUCGGACGUGCUAUCCACCCUGGAUAUACGCGACCAAUUCGAACAAUCAGUCACGGGUCCUCUCAGCAAUUGCUCGACCUCCGUCCCUAUCGUAUUCAUUAUCGAUGCGCUCGAUGAAUGUCCUUAUUCAGACGAAGCCGAUGCCUCGAGAAGCGCCGGGCUUGCGGCCAAACGCAGAGCAUUGCUAGAGAUACUCCGUGACUGCUUGGGCGACGAGAUCAUUCCUCGCAAUAUCCGCUUUCUGAUCACCAGUCGUCCGGACCGCGACAUUCAGACCUAUCUCGCAUCGCGGGUAGACUUUGUUCGGUUCUUGCCCAUCGACGACACCCUGGAUACGGAAGGCGAUAUUAGGCUCUUCGUAGGAGGAAAGCUUGCGCAUACGCCUGCAGAGAAUCUGGCAGACGAUGUCGUUCAUGCGGCGCAGAACCUCUUCGAGUGCGCC